UUUCAGUCAGUUCAAGCUCCCAAUGGGCUUAUUGCUCACAUGUUUGGGCCUAUUGAAGGAAAGAGGCAUGAUGCAUUUAUGCUUGGAGAAAGUGGGUUAGCUGUCAAGCUGCAAAGACUACACAAGCCAAAUGGAGAACCUUAUGUUGUGUACGGGGAUCCCGCCUACGGUCUCACACGCAAUAUCCUAUCCCCUUUUCGUGGAGCUUGCUUGACUAAUGAUGAGCAGGAAUUUAACACUCGGAUGAGUCAAGUCAGAGAGUGUGUUGAAUGGGGAUUCGGAAAGAUCAUCCAAASCUUUGCAUUUCUGGAUUUUAAAAAGAACUUGAAGGUCCUCAUGCAGCCAGUUGCAAAGUACUAUUUGGUUGCUACUAUUUUGACUAACUGUCAUACAUGUUUGUAUGGAUCUCUUACUGGUUCAUAUUUUGAGCUUGAUCCUCCUGAACUCGAGACAUACCUUUCAAACUAAAACCAGUAGAUCACAUAUAACAUGAUGUAUUUUUUUA